AUGAUCGGUGAAGGCGAUCGAAGCGAACACCAAAAAAGCCUGAAGUCCGGCUUUUGCGACGUUCAGGUUUGUGGUACGUCGUCAUCUUUCGUGGAGAAGAGUGCACCGUGCUUAUACACACUGUUCUCUACUUUUCUGAAACAAACGUUUCAAGAGUUUUUAUUCAACAGGCAAUGCUACGUGCAAGUAGUGAAAUUGAUACACGUAGGCAGAAAUGUGAUUAUUAGCCGCAGAAAUAUGAUGUGCCUCCAACUUCAAUGCUACUUACACCGACGCAUGAAGAGUGGUGUGUUCGGACUUGCUUCUAAGUCCCUUAACGGUAAGCUCCAGAUUACUGUUGAAAUGCGACCUAUGUACAUUAUGUUAGGCUUAAAACCGCAGGCUUGUAAUUCUUUGAGGAAUGUGGCAGAACUUACGAGACAACAUUUCAAGGAAGGACGGAGCAACACGUUCAAGGGUGCUGUAGAGAGUGGUGAUGAGGAGCUAGAGAAGGCAAGAAAGGGUUCCGCGCUUCAAAUUUUAAAGGAACUUAAAGAUGAAUUGCGUGAAUUUGAACAAAAUAACAAUAUUGAUCAAAUCCCAUUUGCCUUCAUGCGAAUGUUGGACAAAGAGAAACGAGAAAUUCUGCCCACGUCAGUGACGAAAUUCUGCGUCGUACGGCGACUACCCACGUUGGUCUCUCUGGCAUUGGUGGGAGUUGGCUGGUUGCUCAAUGAAGUUGCGCUGGCAUGGAUUCACGAAAGGGUUCCGCGGGAUACAACUCCAUUGCCUGAUUUGUGGUUUUCGUGGUUCCCUGAGGUCAAAGGUGCUAUUCGGAUUACCGAGUACAUCAUGCUGAUCCUUGUCGUGAACACCCUGGUUAUCAUAGUAACCCAUCAGCACAGAUGGAUCGUAUCUCGACGAGUGUUUUUCUGUGCCGCUUUGUCCUACUGUUUCCGUGCACUUUGCAUCACCAUAUUCCAGGUGCCUGUGCCAUCCGUGCACACCUACUGUGCUCCAAAAACCAAUGGGUCCUUCUACAUAGUCUCAGCUCGAGUCGCAAGAAUGUUUUGGAGCGCGGGAAUCGAGCAACUGCGUCCACGAGAACUCUGCGGUGAUCUGAUAGUUUCCGGCCACACCGUCACAAUUUUCACCUCUUUCUAUGCGUUCAAACACUAUGCACCCAAAAAGUUGAAGCCUUUAUCCUACAUGUUCAACGUGCUCGCUAUCAUGGCUGUGGUGGCAAUCCUCUUUGCUAGAAAACACUACACCAUAGACGUCGUCCUAGGCUACACAGUUUCAACUCGCGUAUUCAUGGAGUACCAUGCACUCAUGCUAUCAUACCACGAGCACUCGCUGGAGAGGAACAUUCUCUCUUGGUCAUGGUGGUCAUAUAUAGUGCCUUACUUUGAGAAGGACGCCCCUCCGCCACAUGCCUUCCACAACCGUAUCGAAUGGCCCAGCAGCUGCCCGCAGAAAGUGCGCCGACGACUCAUAUGA